AUGAAAAUCACUCCACAUGGAGGGAUUUUUGAAACUGUGGAAAAUGAACCUGUUAAUGUUGAAGAAUUAGCUUUCAAGUUUGCAGUCACCAGCAUUAACAGAAACCGGACCCUGAUGCCUAACAUCACAUUAACCUACGACAUCCAGAGAAUUAACCUUUUUGAUAGCUUUGAAGCCUCACGGAGAGAUUAUGCAGCUAUCAGCAGGGCAAUCCUGGAUUUGGUUCUUUAUUACAACUGGAAAACAGUGACCGUGGUAUAUGAAGACAGCACAGAAUGCAAAUACACAUACACAUAUUUCCAAAACUGCACAGAAAACAACCUGAAAGGUCUAAUUCGUCUGCAAGAGCUCAUCAAAGCUCCCUCAAGAUAUAACAUUAAAAUCAAAAUCCGCCAGCUGCCCUCCGGGAAUAAAGACGCAAAGCCUUUACUCAAGGAGAUGAAGAAGGGCAAGGAGUUCUAUGUGAUAUUUGAUUGUUCGCAUGAAACAGCUGCUGAAAUCCUUAAACAGAUUCUGUUCAUGGGCAUGAUGACAGAGUACUACCAUUAUUUUUUCACAACUCUGGACUUAUUUGCUCUGGAUCUGGAACUCUAUAGGUACAGUGGUGUAAAUAUGACUGGGUUUCGACUGCUGAACAUUGAUAAUCCUCACGUGUCAUCCAUCAUUGAGAAGUGGUCCAUGGAAAGGUUGCAGGCCCCACCCAGGCCUGAGACUGGCCUUUUGGAUGGCAUGAUGACAACUGAAGCAGCUCUAAUGUAUGAUGCUGUGUACAUGGUGGCCAUUGCCUCCCACCGGGCAGCCCAGUUGACCGUCAGCUCCCUACAAUGUCAUCGACACAAACCAUGGCGCCUUGGACCCAGAUUUAUGAAUCUGAUCAAAGAGGCUCGAUGGGAUGGCUUGACUGGGCGCAUCACCUUCAAUAAAACAGAUGGCUUAAGAAAAGACUUUGAUCUGGACAUUAUUAGUCUCAAAGAGGAAGGGACUGAAAAGAUUGGGAUUUGGAAUUCCAACAGUGGGCUUAAUAUGACAGAGGGCAACAAAGACCGAUCCAACAACAUCACUGACUCACUGGCCAACCGAACACUCAUUGUCACCACCAUUCUGGAAGAACCCUAUGUGAUGUACAAGAAAUCGGAUAAACCUCUGUACGGAAAUGAAAGAUUUGAAGGGUAUUGCCUGGAUCUAUUGAAAGAGUUGUCAAACAUUCUAGGUUUCAUUUAUGAUGUUAAGCUCGUCCCUGAUGGCAAAUAUGGCGCACAGAAUGACAAAGGAGAGUGGAAUGGGAUGGUCAAAGAACUCAUAGAUCAUAGGGCUGAUCUGGCAGUGGCUCCCCUGACCAUCACCUAUGUGAGGGAGAAGGUCAUUGACUUCUCCAAGCCCUUCAUGACGCUGGGCAUCAGCAUUCUCUACCGGAAGCCCAACGGCACUAAUCCAGGUGUCUUCUCCUUCCUCAACCCUCUCUCUCCAGACAUCUGGAUGUACGUGCUCCUAGCCUGCUUGGGAGUCAGUUGUGUACUCUUUGUGAUUGCAAGGUUUACACCCUACGAGUGGUAUAACCCCCACCCCUGCAACCCUGACUCAGACGUGGUGGAAAACAAUUUUACUUUACUAAAUAGUUUCUGGUUUGGAGUUGGAGCUCUCAUGCAGCAAGGAUCAGAGUUGAUGCCCAAAGCUCUAUCAACCAGAAUAGUUGGAGGAAUCUGGUGGUUUUUCACCCUAAUCAUCAUUUCAUCCUACACCGCCAAUCUGGCUGCAUUCUUAACAGUGGAGAGAAUGGAAUCGCCCAUAGACUCAGCAGAUGAUCUAGCAAAGCAGACCAAGAUAGAAUAUGGGGCAGUCAGAGACGGAUCAACAAUGACCUUCUUCAAGAAAUCAAAAAUAUCCACUUAUGAGAAGAUGUGGGCGUUUAUGAGCAGCCGACAGCAGACCGCCCUGGUUAAAAACAGUGAUGAAGGAAUACAGAGAGUGCUCACCACAGACUAUGCCUUGCUGAUGGAGUCCACCAGCAUCGAGUAUGUUACACAGAGAAACUGCAACCUCACUCAGAUCGGGGGCCUCAUUGACUCCAAAGGUUAUGGAGUGGGAACACCUAUCGCAUUUCAGCGAUCAAUAUCCAAACAAUUUCACUUUACAGGCUCUCCUUACCGGGAUAAAAUCACGAUUGCUAUUCUUCAACUACAAGAAGAAGGCAAGCUGCAUAUGAUGAAAGAGAAAUGGUGGCGGGGAAAUGGCUGCCCUGAGGAAGAGAGUAAAGAGGCCAGUGCUCUGGGAGUAGAAAACAUUGGGGGCAUCUUCAUUGUCCUGGCUGCUGGGCUGGUCCUUUCUGUCUUUGUAGCCAUUGGAGAAUUUAUAUACAAAUCACGGAAAAACAAUGAUAUUGAACAGAUGCCCAGAAGAGUCAUUUUUGAAUUAGAGCAAAGAGCUGUUGAAUCCCUGCCAGGUGUUGCUGGCACAGCAGCUCCAUCAUUUAUUAAUGAGAGGAAGGAAGAACCUUAUACACUAAAUCCAAUUAGUGGUAUUUGGAGUGACAGUGCAGAAAUUCCAAACCCAGUUAAUUUCUUUGAACAGUUAUUUGCUCUUAAGAUCGAAAUCCUUCCAUAG